UGCUCCCAGUGGUUUUCUAUGGGUGCUCAUCCACAUCCCUCGUCGCAAUGCCGUCGUUUGCCCAACGUACCUUUGCCUGCUCCGGUGGUUGCCCCGGUGCUCUCGGCACUGUACUGGUGCUGUGGCUGCGAACGCCACCAUGCUGCGGCGUUCGCAUCGAUCAUGGUCCACCCACUCUAAAAGAGGCCGUGGAAUCUGCGCCAGUCACUCUGAAACUUGGAGCUGCCAAGAGAAGGAUAAGUUCGAGGCAGUGAAAGAGGACAUCAAAGUCUACACUGCGAUGUGGGGUCACUGCCCUUCGGAGCUGGGAUCUCUUCAUUUCGAUGAUCCGUACACCCAGAGUUUUACCUAUGGCCUGGGAUGCAACAUCAAGGCGCUUUGCCACUGCCAGCACAAUCCGAUCCUCACCUGCGCCACGAAUUCAUACGUCUGGAAGAUUCCUGACGCGGUGGAACCCUUCACCAAAACUUUUGGCUAUUGUCGCGUCGCUCCCUGGGUGUUCAUCACGUUGGCAGGGCUAGGUGUGCUGCUGAUCGCCCUGAUCAUCUUCUGCGCACGGAAGAGACGUGCUUUGGGAUGAGAAAACUCUGCGGCUCGCGCCUUGAGUGCCUUUCAUCGUCUUUCAUCCAUCAAGAGAGAGAGAGAAAGAGAAAAGAGAAA